AUGAUUCGUCAACUGAAACUAAAAUUAUUAUUUCAGUCCAACACUGAUACCUUGGACACUAGUACUCCUUUUAAAACCAAAUCAACCUUCAUCCCCCAUAACCAGGAUUUUAGGAUAGAAGCUUUUCAUCAUGAAAUUAUAAAAGACUUAGACAGAUUGGAAAAACGUCAUAUCCCUACUAGACAUAAUAUAACUAGAGAACAACAAGAGCUAAUUCAUAACUUGGCGAAUGACCGCUCCAUCACAAUUAAACCUGCGGACAAAGGAGGGGCUAUUGUCUUAAUGGACACAGUCACUUAUGAACGGGAAAUAAACAGGCAAUUGGCCGACAGAAGAUAUUAUUUACCUCUUAGUUAUGAUCCCACUCAGAAAGUUUCUAACCUUAUUCGUAUCACGGUCAAUGAGGCUCUAGCGCUAGAUUAUAUUUCUAUACAAACCGCCGAGUUCCUACUUUGUAAAAAUCCACGGGUCCCUAUCUUUUACACUCUCCCCAAGAUCCAUAAAAAUAUCACACCACCCCCGGGCCGUCCUAUUGUCUCAGCUGUUGGUUCACUCACUGAACCCUUAUCCAAGUACCUAGACUCAUUUAUAUUUGAAUACUCCACUGCCACCACCACAUAUAUCCGAGACACUAAAGAUCUUAUUGCUAAACUGGAAGACCUUCCCGUGCCUAGAGGAGCGAUCCUGGCAACACUCGAUGUAGGUUCUCUCUACACUAAUAUCCCACUAGAGACCAUAAGAGGGACCAUUGAAAAUUUACUACGUUCCAGACAAGAACAAACCCCUCCUUAUUAUUUUUUAAUCCAAUUACUGGAUAUUGUUUUUGAAAAUAAUUUCUUCAGGUAUAAAAAUGACUUCUACAUCCAAACCAAGGGGGUUGCUAUGGGCGCGGCAUUGGCCCCAUCGGUAGCAAACAUUCACAUGAUUGACUUUGAAAACAAACAUUUUUUUUCUGAAUCUAACCCCUUUACAAAUGACAUCAUUCUGAUUAAAAGAUACAUUGAUGAUUUGCUCAUAAUUUUUAAAUCUGAAGCAACAUGUAUUGCAUUCCAAGAAUGGGUGAACACAUUGGAUUCCCAUCUAAAAUUUACUUGUCAGUAUCACAAAAAAGAAAUUCCAUUUUUGGAUGUAGUGGUCUACAUUUCAAAUAGAAACACCUUGGCAUUCAAACCAUAUAAGAAAUUAACGGAUUGUUACUCCCUACUCCAUUACUCUUCAAGUCACCCUUCUCAUUUAAAAAGAAAUUUACCAUACGGACAGUUAAUCAGACUGAAAAGGAAUGCUACAGACAAGAGAGACUAUAGAAAUGCGGCUCAUCAGCUAGAAAAAGCUCUCGUUAACCGGGGCUACCCUAAUUGUAUCAUACAGGACGCAUACAGACGUGUAGACGGUCGCAAUCGAAAAAAUUUGCUUGAAACACGGUCUGAUAGCAUUAAAAACAGAAAACCCAGCCGCCUGGUCAUGGGGAUGGAUUUCACACCCCUGGCCAGCCACAUUAGAAAUAUUAUAUAUAAACAUUGGCAUAUUGUGGAAGACAUACCUGGCUGUAAAGAUCCCCCCCUUUUAGGGUUGAGGAAGAAAGGAACUUUGCGCAAUCAAUUGGUCAAAGCUGAUUGUUUGGAAUCACCAUCCAUUGUCACUAAAGGCCACUAUAGAUGCGGCUCAUGCAAUAUGUGCCCCUACAGUUUACAAGUAAAAGAAAUAAAAAGUGAACAUAUGCAGUUCACUUUUAAAAUCAACUCCAUGACCACAUGCAACUCCAAGAACGUAGUUUAUUGCAUACGGUGCCCUUGCAACAAACUGUAUAUAGGCAGCACCACGCGGGCACUAAAGGUACGUAUAGGAGAACACAGAUCACGCAUCCGCAAUAAAGUGAUGGAAGCCCCUCUUACACCUCAUUUUUUACAAAUGAAACACAGUGACUCCGAUUUAAUGUUUUUUGGCUUAUGGCAGUACACACCCAAGAAAUACCACAAGCAGGAUAUCCUAAAAAUAUUGAGACAACAAGAAACUAAAUUGAUUUUUAUGUUUAAGACAUUACAACCGGACGGUUUAAACUCAGAUCUUGACCUUUCUGUAUUCAUUUAAACGAACACACUAGCAGUAUAACAUACAGUAAUCAUAGAGAUACUGUAAGUGUUAUCAGUACUCACAUUCUUCUGCCCCCUCCUAAUUGUCAUCUUUAAUUAUUAUCACCUGUGAACCAACUUUUUGUAUAUAAGUGUGCUCCAAACACAGGAUAUUUGCUUAGUCAAUACAUGCUCAAACCAAAAAUACUCUGAAUACAAGAAAUGUAAGUAUCUCUUUUUGUGUACAUGUAUUUUAGAAAUUGUAUUACUGUAUUAUUUCAAACAAUAAUUAGAAUUUGAUUUGUAUUACCAGUGAAUAUGUAAAUGAGAGAACCUUUUGAAAAAACACCUGAGCAUUGUGGCCUAAGCCAAGAUAAGUGGUUUCAUACAAAUUUGAAUGCACUAAACAUAAAAGUACAAGGAGAACUACUGAAGAAGCCCGUCAUAUGGGCGAAACAGGCAAAAAAACGCCGGCAGCCUGUCUACUACCAUUGACACCUCGUUCGACCUGCUGCCACUUGCUGACCGCUAGAUAGCCUCAAAGACUAUAAAGACUGGUUUGCCUUUAAUUUGUACAUGCUAUCUGUUUAACGUUUGAUUUUGGCUCUUGUGUCAGCACUUGUAUAUGGUUCUCUUAUUGUUUUCUCUUUGGAUUAAUAAUACUUGAUUGAAACUGGAUUGAAUUUGGUGCCUUUGCGUGCUGCUUGUUUUAUU